AUCACGAGUCGCAACCGCAACCGCAACCGCAACCGCCCUCGUUGUCGCCAUCUUAUUCUCGCUUGCAAGUCUUUGGUCUCGUCGUCGUCGACGUCAACUUAUCUUCUAUUGAUACCAGUCCCCUCCUCCCACUCUGGACCCAUCUGCUCUCACCUCCAAUCUUAAUUUUAAUGUAUUGAUUCUGUCCUUACCACAGAUUGCACAUCGCGGCUUCUUUUGUUUUGCUCUGCAUCCGCUAUUUGGACCGCUGACGCCACGCAGCUCAUGGUCACAAACAUCCACAAUCUUUCUUUCGCCUCCACCCUCUCGGUGUCUCCUCUUCCUCUCCUAGAGCACGCUCACCCUUUUCCUCCUCUUCUCCGUCCUUUCCACUAGCUCUCAUGCAGCAAUGGCUCCGACCAACGCCCACGUCGCGGCUCAGCUGCGGCAACUCAUCUACUACCAUCUCGACAACAACUUGUUGAAAAAUGCAUUGUUUUUGGCCAGUCGCCUUGUCGCGUAUGAACCUCGCUCUGCCGAAGCCUCAUACCUCCUCGCCUAUUGCCAACUUCAAUCAGGGUAUGUCAAAGCCGCCUGGGACACCAGUCGGUCUUCUGGCAUCAGAGGCACUCACUUGGGCUGUAGCUAUGUCUUUGCACAAGCUUCUCUCGAGCUCGGCCGAUAUGUCGACGGCAUCACCGCUUUGGAGAAGAGCAAACCCAUGUGGCAGGGUCGCAACACCUGGGCUCAACACAACGAGAUUCGUCGUCAACAUCUCCCCGACGCUCCUGCGGUCUGGUCACUCAAAGCAAAAUUGUACAAGGGCCAUAAGAACAUGGAUCAGGCCGUCGAGUGUUGGGCUACCGCGCUGAAGAUGAAUCCUUUCAUGUGGGAUGCUCUGAUUGGGCUCUGCGACGCCGGCGCCAAAGUCAGCAUCCCCAAUGUUUACAAAAUGACCACCGACAUCAAGACUAUGACCGAGUUGGCCUACCAACAAUUCUCAAAAUCUGACAUCAACUCCGCACAUGUCUACGACAAACCUCUGUCAACGAGUCAGCCAGCGGUUCCAGACCCAUUCGUUUCAUCUCAGAAACCUAACGGCAACAUUCUUCAUAACAACUCGGUCUUGUGGGAGAAGCAGAAUGGCAGUAAAGUUAGUAUCAACACCGCCAGCAGCAUUCUCGAUGAAGAGAUCUCUAGGACACCUUCCAUUGACGCUGAGUUUGACGAUGGCGUUCUGCAAGGGACCUCGGUCAACCAGUUUCACGAUGUCCCUCCAGCACCAUCACGCAAACCAAAGGCGACGAUGGAAGCACACGUCGACCCUCCUCCUCGCUGGAAGAGUGCCACGGGUAGAGCAAAAGUCAAGGGAAAGUCAGAUGACCCAACCGUCUUGCAGGAUCCUCCAGCUCCAACUGCCCCAUCUAAGAGAACUGUUUCUGGGCAACCAGCAUCCUCGACACAAUCAUCGUCUAGCAUGGCGGAGGGAACGAGGAGAAGCAAUAGACUGCUCAACACAUCUCGACCAGCCAGUGCGACGAGUACAGCGGGCAGCAAAAUUUCAUCAUUAGCCAAUACGCUAGGGUUGCGCGAAGGGCGUGAGAUCAAAAAAGCAAAGGCACCAGCUGUCAGAGGAAGAGUGGCAACCACAUCGACGGUAGGCCGGGUUGUCAGCGGAAACCGCACGCGCACUGGAUCGACGGAGACUGGGGAAACAGAAGUUAGGGAUCAAAAGGGGAGCAGCAUCAUUCCACCAGUGCCACCGUUGCCAAAUGCGAAAGUGCGCGCUGAAAUGGCCAUCAACAAAGAUCUCGACGCUAUCAGUGCGCUUCUGGAUCUAUUCGGUCGGAUGGCGUCUGCUCAUCUGUCCUUGUCGACGUAUGACUGUCAAACGGCGAUUCAAAUUUACAAUUCUCUACCCUCGGGCCAACGUGAGACGCCAUACAUUUUGACACAAAUUGGCAAGGCAUACUACGAGCAAGCGUCACACGCUGAGGCGGAGAAGUUCUUCAUUCGAGUUCGACAGAUGGCUCCGACACGGCUGGAAGAUAUGGAAAUCUACUCGACGGUGCUGUGGCACCUCAAGUCGGAGAUUGAGCUGGCCUAUCUUGCGCAUGAGCUGGUAGAAGUGGAUCGAUUGUCUCCUGAGGCUUGGUGUGCAGUCGGAAACUCGUUUUCCAGACAGAACGAACACGAGCAAGCCAUCAAGUGCUUCCGUCGAUCAACGCAGUUGGACUCGCGCUUUGCGUACGGCUUCACUUUAGAGGGCCACGAACAUGUUCAAAAUGAGGAGUUUGAAAAGGCCCUUGACGCUUACCGAUCUGCGAUCGCGGUGGACGGCCGUCACUACAAUGCGUGGUAUGGUCUGGGUAAGGUGUAUGAGAAGAUGGGCAAAUUUGCCAUUGCAGAGAAACACUACCGAACGGCGGCCAAGAUCAACCCAGGCAAUGCGGUGUUGAUCUGCUGUAUCGGCAUGGUGCUAGAGAGACUCAAAGACCCUGAGCAAGCUCUCCAGAUGUAUACACGGGCCUGUGCAUUGGCACCAAGCAGUGCGCUGAGUCGAUUCAAGAAGGCGAGAUGCUUAAUGAGUUUGGGUCGGCCGAGGGAGGCUCUUGCCGAAUUGCUGAUCCUGAGAGAUGUGGUGCCUGAUGAGCCCAAUGUGUGGUUCCUCAUGGGUCGACUUUACAAAACCUUACGGAUGAAAGCGGAUGCAGUCCGAGCUUUCACCAUGGCGUUGAACCUGGAUCCUAAGGCGGCGCAAUUCAUCAAGGAUGCAAUGGAGAGUUUGGACGACGAAGACGACGAGAACUUUGAUGACGACGAGGACAUGGAUUGAGGAGCUUUUGUCGUCAGCACCGACUUGCAUAAACCGCGCACGAAUCCAGAAGCCUUUUUCCAAAGGUCCCGAUACCAGGUAUCACCGACUCUGAGCUGAUCAUUCCUACCCAUAAUGGACUGACUGGUGUCUUGUCGUGUGGCGAGAAGGAUGAAAUCUAAUGCGCACAAAGAACGAAACGAAUCUUUGGAUUGAACUUGGACUUUGAAUGACUGGCGUGCGAUAGCAUAUGGUCAGGGGGUCACCGAUAGCAUGGUGAUUGUACGUCUUUAGCAUAGCUUUGGGGCGUUUUUGAUUUUUUUGCAACAGGGCAUUGGAGGAGCACAGGGAGCAUUUCACAAACUGUAACAGCCUUGUGACCAGGUGGUUGGAUGAUGCUGUGGUCAUUGAGGGACAGCUUGACAGACAGAAAGCCAGACCAGAGUUCAGUUCAGUCUGGCGAUGGAUGCAUCACACGUGGGUAUGUGGGAGAAGAUGAUCUCGGGAACAAAAAGCACGGGUUGAUAAAGUCGAACUCCUUGAAACUCGCAUUCUCUGACGAGCGUGGCGUGGUUCAGGAGUAACACAUGGCCAGGCCUAUACCUGCUUCUGAUGGAACAGGUCGAACAUAUCGCCAGGGUGGUGUGUGUGUGUCGACUCGUACUAAAUACUCCCAGUACGUAAAGCAGUGAGUCGGCCCCUCUAGUGCCAAUGGCCAUUGAAGACAUCAAAGACAUCAAAGACACAACUAAUCUGUAAGUGACCGGACAGGAUGGCUUUGAUGGUUUGACCAGCCGCGCCAUCCAAGGAAGUAGUUGUAAUUAUGAGACGCUUCAGGCAUCAUGGGUUGCUGAAAUGGCACAGCAUGUACCCCAGAUUCCGUGUCUUGGAAUGGCCUCGUUGGUCAAAAUGUGGCAAUAAUGCAGGUUGUUCCCGUGGUACGAGCACACGCUACAUGGUCAAUAGUGUGUAGUAGUAUGGACAUUGACAUAACCCCUCUCUCUUUCUAUCGCCC